GGUGCCCGUCGCGAAGGAGGUGCCCGAGCUCAGCAGGCUAGAACCCUUCUUCCUCCACGUCAAGCCCGGGGGCCGCUGGUGGCCGAGUCACUGCUUGGCGCGCCACCGCGUGGCCAUCAUUGUACCUUACCGAGACCGGCAGAGGAACCUGCGCGUUUUCCUGCACCACAUGCACCAGUUCCUGCGCAAACAGGAGCUCGACUACGGCAUCUACAUAAUCGAACAGAGCGGCAACGGUGACUUCAAUCGAGCCAAACUGCUCAACGUCGGCUACGAGGUGUCCAAGACGAUGCACGACUACAACUGCUUCAUCUUUCACGACGUGGACCUGAUACCGGAGAACGACCAGAGCGUCUACGCGUGCCAGGAGAAUCCGUACCACAUAUCCCGCUGUCUCGACGUCUACGGAUACAAGCCGUCCUACCCCACCAUAUUCGGCGGUGUGAGCGCGUUGACUCAAGCGCAGAUGGAAAAAGUCAACGGCUUCUCCAACGUAUUCUGGGGCUGGGGAGGAGAAGACGACGACAUGUCAACGAGGUAA